AUGGGACGCUCGAGUCUUUCAACUAGGCGACUCACGGCUCAUCGGUUUGAGCAGUUGCAUGACAUGCCGGAAUACGGGAAUGGGAAUGGAUUGAAUCCAAACGAUGUCACUAUUGACAUCCCUCUGACUGAGACCACUAGUCGUGGUCAGACGGGUGCGCGGAAAUGGGCCUCAAAUACUACUCCCCUGGAUAGCACCACCAAUACAUCGGAGAAAAAUCCCAUCGUAGGCCAUCCUCAUCACAGAGGCCCUGGUCGCAGGCGUCGCACAGAUACUGAUAUCAAUGAGAUGAACGGUAAACGUGCUGAGGCUCCCGAGGAUGGUACCAUCAAUCGCAUGGGUCGUUUCUACCAGGCUGUUCUGAACUACUCCCUUAUCACUCGUUAUCUCAUCUAUGUUAUUCCUAUUGCGAUUUUGAUCGCGGUUCCUAUCAUUGUUGGCGCCACUGUUGCGCAAUACGCCAAAAUUGGCGGUGUCCACAUCUACUGGUUCUUUACUUGGAUUGAAAUUGUCUGGUUCAGUCUCUGGACGUCCAAGAUCUUCGCUCGCUAUAUUCCUUAUUUCUUCCAGUUCCUCUGCGGUAUCGUCAGCUCCGGUACCCGCAAGUAUGCGCUUAUUCUGCGCGCCCUCGAAACCCCCCAUCGCCCUUCUGCUAAAGACAGUGGCGAUACCGCCCCCAAGUCAUGGGAGAAGAGUGUCAAAAACAUUCUCUUCGCCCUGCUCGUCUGCUCAAUCAUCUACCUCGCUGAGAAGGCCCUCGUGCAGCUGAUCUCCAUUAGCUACCACCGCAAGCAGUUCGACGCCAAGAUCCGUAUCUCCAAGCGGAACAUCUACUUGGUUACUCUGCUCUUCGAGGCCUCCCGUAAUAUGUUCCCAGUGUACUGCCAGGAGUUCAAGGAGGAGGAUUCACUCAUUUUCGACUCCAUUCUUGCCCAGGCAGGUGUGAAGGGUGGCAAGCGAUCGUCUGCUAUGCCCCUUCGCAUGCUCCGCCAGGUCGGCAAGAACGUUGGCCGUGUCGGCGACAAGGUCACUGCUGCUUUUGGUAACGUGGCUUCCGAGCUUACUGGUAAGCAAGUCUUCAACCCGACUGCGACUCACACCAUGGUGAUUGAGGCUUUGGAGCGCAAGCGCUGUGCUGCUGCGCUGGCCCGCCGUAUUUGGAUGUCGUUUGUCGUUGAGGGCCGCGAGUCUCUGUACAUGGAUGAUAUCGUUGAGGUCCUUGGUGCGGAGCACGAGGCCGAGGCUGAAGAGUGCUUCUUGGCUCUGGACAAGGAUGGCAAUGGCGAUAUCAGUCUCGAUGAGAUGGUGCUCACCAUCACUGAAUUCGGUCGUAACCGCAAGGCUCUCAACCACAGCAUGCACGAUGUUGACCAGGCUAUUCGCGUUUUGGAUAACCUGCUCAUGUGUGUUGCUGGCCUGGUUGGUGUUUUGGUCUUCAUCUCUUUCGUCACCACUGGAUUCGGUACUGUCAUCGCUGCCGGUGCCACCUCGCUGCUUUCCCUCAGUUUCGUCUUCUCCGUUACCGCCCAGGAGGUCCUGGGAUCUUGCAUCUUCCUCUUCGUCAAGCACCCCUUCGAUAUCGGUGAUCGCGUUGAGGUCAGCGACAAGCCUUUCAUUGUUGAUCGUAUCUCGCUUCUUUUCACUGUUUUCCGCAACGUCACCGAUCACCGUGUCACGCAGGUCCCCAACAACAUUCUGAACAGUCUCUGGGUCGAUAACUUUACCCGCGCCAAUGCCAUGCAUGAACAGCUCACUAUUCCCGUUGCCUUUGAUACCAGCUUUGCUGAGGUUCAGCAGCUGCGUCAGGAGAUGGAGGCUUUCGUCCGUGACAAGGAGAACUGCCGUGACUUCCAGCCCGAUGUUGACAUUGAACUCGGCGGUGUUGGCGACAUGGACAAGCUCCAGCUGCGUGUUGAUAUUCGUCACAAGUCCAACUGGUCCAACGAGACUGUCCGCGCUGCCCGUCGUUCCAAGUUCAUGUGUGCAUUGGUGUUGGCCGUCCGCAAGGUCCAGAUUCGCGCCCCAGGUGUUGCCGCCCCCGAAGAAACCGCCGACGCCGCAGAAGGCGACGACAAAGGUGACGAUGCUGGCGCCGGUGACAACAAGACUGCGCAGGCUGGUGCGGGUGUUGCUGCUGCUACCACCGGUGCUGGAUUUCUAAAUUCCGAGAACACGGCCCAGUCGACUGGAUUCGACCAAGCCCGCUCCGGAACCAUCACUCACCGCGGCUCGACCCAGACCAACGCCGAACGCGAAGCCGCUAUCGUCGAAAUGCUCAACGUCCGCUCCCCCGCCGUCGACGUCGGCCGUGAUGACGCCAACGCCCUUCACCGCACCGCUACCAACACCUCAACCCAAGGCAACCAGCUCAGCGUGCACAACGGCGUAACUGGCAACAUCUCCCGCGGUCUCUCAACCGGCCACCGCAAAGCCGGCGAUCACGCCUCCUUCAGCGAAAACGCCGCCCCCGCCGUUCCCUACCCAGCCACCCUCUCCCCCGUCCCAGCAGGCAUGACCCCUUCCUCCAGCCAAGUGCCCAUCCUGGAAACCCCUAAGCCCGGCUCUCGCGGCAGCGCCCGCUACGAGCCUCGCCCCCACUCUUCUGGCAACGGAAGCCAGAGCCAGAUGGCCACCGUCCAAGCAGUCGGGUCUCCUGAUCCAAACGCUUACCAGGGUUUCUACUCCCACGACACCGGCUAUAAUCAGGUUCCUCCGGGCUACAGCGCGGAGAAUACCCCCCAGCGCGAUAUCUCCGGUAUGACGGCCCACAGCAACUACGAGAUCUCAGAUCGCUAUGAUCCUGUCUCGCCGCCUUCGGCCAGCAAUUACUACCCGCCCCAGCAAGCUGGACUCAACUCCUUCAACUCUCAUACGCCGACGCAGGAGACUGACUCUGCCGGUCGUCCUUCGUUUGCGUCCAGGGCUUUGAGGAAGGAUAAGUCUCCUUAUGGUGACCAUGAGGCUUGA